AUGUUACAAAGUAGUGCUAAGAUCAUUCCCGUUUUUUAUGACGUGGAGCCUUCUGCACUAGGCCACAUAGAAAAGGGAGUGUAUGGCAAAGCAUUCAGUGAAUAUGAAAGUAAGAAGAGGUACACUGAAAAACUCGAGGAGUGGAAGCAAGCCCUUCAAUCUAUUUCAUUUAUUGCUGGUGAAAAGUUCAACAGUGACUACGAGAAGAUGGUGUUAGCAGUGCAAAAGGAAGUACAAAGGAGGAGAUUUCUACAUGUUUCCAAAUACCCGGUAGGACUUUCUAAGCUUGUGGAACAUUUUGAAAGGUACUGCAUUGAUAAGCUUGUACAAGAUUUUGAAACUCAGUUUGAAAUGAACGAACAAGGAGAAGGUAAGUCUAAGAUUGUUGGUAUUUUUGGCAUGGGUGGGGUGGGAAAAACAACUCUCUCCAAAGAAUUGUUCAACCGUAAACGUUCAGAUUAUAGUCGAUCAUGUUUUUUGUUUGAUGUUCGGGAAGCCUCUGUGAAAAAUGACCUGCAUUCUUUGCAAAUGAAGCUCCUCAGAGAACUCUUUGAUGAAAGAGACCCAAGCUUUUCAAGCGUAGAGGAUGGCACGAGCUGUCUCAGCAAUCAUUUCACAGGGAGCGGCAAUCCGAAAUUCCUAAUUGUCCUAGAUGAUAUCAAUCACCAGGAACAGUUAGAUGCCCUAUUGGUCAGUGAUGAGCUCAAUAAUUCUAGCAAUAGUCUGGUAAUUGUUACAGCUCGUGAUGUAGGAGUUCUCAUAAACGCAGGAAUUACUGUUGGUUAUCAUUUGAAAGGAAUGGAUACAGAUGAUGCUAAAGAGCUGUUUUGUUGGCAUGCGUUUAGCCAACCUUAUCCAUCUAGUGGAUACGAGAAGCUGGUUGACCUCUUCGUAGACGUGUGUGGUGGCUUACCUCUGUCUCUUCAAGUUCUCGACAGGCAUGUUCAUGGCGAAGAUCAGAAGUUUUGGGAGUUAGAAUUGAAUAAAGUUAAAAAGACGCUGCCUCAAGACAUACACAAAAGAUUAAGAAUAAGUAUUGAGAUGUUGGACAAUGAAGAAAAACAAAUUUUCAUGGAUGUUGCAUGUUUCUUCAUAGGAGAAUUGACUAAAGAUGCCAUCAGAGUGUGGGAGGGAUCGGGAUGGAGCGGGCAACAUGCACUGGUAAGACUACAAAAUAAAUGUCUGGUUGAAGAAAUAAAAGAUUAUAAAUUCAGGGGACAAUUUGAGGAUCUCUUCGAAGAUUCCAGAGAAGAAAUACUUGUGUUGAGAAUGCAUGACCACUUGCGGGACUUGGGACAAGAAAUGGCAGAUGAACUGAGUCAUCCUCGUCGCCUCUGGCGUUCUCAACACCUCCAAUCUUUGAAAUCAAAGGGAUUCGAGAAUAUUCUCACCAAAGCCAAUUUUCGGUGUUUGCAUUCUUUUUCGGAUGCAUCCAUGGGUUUCACAAUUAAAUACUUUCUAGAGGAAUCGGACAAUAUAGUUGAGACUUCAACCGCUUUACUAUGGCUUGAGCUUAAUUAUUGGACGCAUACGCUCACAAGCAUUCCUCCAUGGAUUCCUCUUCAAAAUUUGCAAUAUUUACAGAUCAGAGGUGGAGGUCUGGAAAGUUUGUGGCAGAAUGAUGUUCAGGUCCCGUUCCAGCUUAAAGUGUUGCGGAUCUACCACCAAUGGGAGCUGAAGGAGUUAAGUUUGGGGUUUCUGCGCUUCCUGGAAGAAAUUACAAUACACGAUUGUAAGAAUCUGAAAAGUGUCACAGGAAUAUCUGAUCUUAGGAAGCUAGUAGAAUUGAACAUUGGUGAAUGUCAGAAUCUAAGGGAUUUAAGUUUUGUUCGAUUCAGCUGUCUUGAAAAAAUUAGAAUUUAUAAAUGUUGGAAUCUUAUAAGCUUCGGAGGAAUGUCUUAUCUUAAGAAGCUAGUAGAAUUGAAAAUUGGUCUAUGCAAGGUUGAGGAGGUAAAGACUGUCGCCAAGGUCCAUCCUUAG